AAAAAUACCGGAAAUGAUUGUCUUGUUUGAAGACUUGAGCGGCAGCUUGACGACAAGGAAGUCUUCAGUGAGCUUCUUUCCACGAUUUAGCCACAACAAUAUAAAAAAAACAAGACAAAACCCUUUUACAUCUCGGCGACUUCCAAACGCAAAGAUGACACAAGAAAAUAUUUUCCUCUUCGUUCCUAAUCUGAUCGGUUACGCCCGCAUUGUACUGGCGCUGGUGUCCUUCCUCCUGAUGCCCUGCUGCCCGAUUCCCGCCUCUUUGUGCUAUAUGCUCAGUAGCCUGCUGGACGCCUUUGACGGUCAUGCCGCGCGGGCCCUCAACCAAUCGACACAGUUCGGCGCCAUGUUGGACAUGCUGACGGACCGCUGCGCCACCAUGUGCCUACUGGUCAACCUGGCACUACUCUACCCAUCCUACGCCUUCCUCUUCCAGCUCAGCAUGUGCUUGGACAUCGCCAGCCACUGGCUGCACCUGCACAGCUCGACAGUCAAGGGUUCGGCCAGUCACAAGAGCAUCGACCUGUCUGGAAACCCACUGCUGCGCAUCUACUACACUAACAAGGUGGUUCUGUUCUUCAUGUGCAUGGGCAAUGAGUUCUUCUUCUGCCUGCUCUACAUUCUUCAUCACCUGCAAGAACCCAGUGCGCUAGUGUACUUCGCUCUUGUAGCGAGCGGCGUGGUGUGCGUGAUGAAGUCAUGCAUCAGCGCAGUGCACCUGGUGACAGCCUCUCAGAACAUGGCCGCCUUGGACGCUGCCCAGCGUGCCGCCGCUGCUAGGAAGUCGCAGUGAGAGGGUCCACCGCAUGGUCAUCUUUUGCGAUUCGGGGCUUAUUUGACAAAAAUUUGUCAGAUUGUCAUUCGAUCAUGUGGACACAUUUGACAUCUCUUCACAGUGUUUUGUUUUUGUGGUCACAUGGGGGCAGCUGACCAAAAACAAUCUAACCAAACUUGGAUCUAUUUAGUGGUUUUAGAAGCAAUGGCUAUCUGGACAAAAACAGUGGAGCAACACAUGUAGACAGAUGGUAUAAGAAUAUGCACAGGCAUAUAUUCUUUAUCCUCUGUGAAGACCAAACUCAACACAUCUUACUGAGCUCUGACCGUCUCAGUGGUUGUCUGUGUAUUAUACUACCCCCAGGUGGCCAUGACGCAUACUGUUGAAGGAACGUCAUGAUGUCCACUGACUUAAAAAGAAAAAAUGUGACAAAACUAUUGGAUAGAUUAUUAUGUUUUAAACCUUAUCAUGACUGCCUGUUUUUAUGAAGUCAAAUAUUUUAGAGUGCUACUUUUCUUAUUUAUGGGGCAGGGUGCUUGAACGGAUUCAUUUGCAUCCAUUAUAUCUUUACUAUGUCUGGGGCUGCAUAGUUGCAGGUGCUUUCACGUGUGCUGUUUUUUUUUUUUUCUUCCUCACUCAACUUUUGAAUUUAGCUCAACUCGUCUCAAGUUCGAUUGAACAGGAGAAAUCUGCAAUCGCUUGCUUGUGUCUGAUCACGUGAAAAACGCACAUUUUCUCGUGCGGAGGUUUUUGUGGCACCAAGUAUUUUUUGUGUAAUGAAAUAUAAGCAACGUGUAGAAUUUGUUGUUAUUAUUAUUAAACACUUGUUUGUUGACUGCUGUAAAUGCAUUUCGGA